UUCCACUCCCCCUAAAGCACGGUCCUGUGCCAAACUACAGAAGAAUUGCAGGACGUGACGUUGAAUCUCCAGGCUACUUGUUUGUGCGGUGUGUAAUUAUUUGCUAUCACGAGCUGUUCAUAAUGGCGGAAGAGGAGGAUGACCCUGCUUUUGAUGAAGAUUUCGACGAUUCGGGCAACGGCGUUGAAUCAGGCCACGGCAAAAGAAAGAGGCUGUUUUCGAAAGAGCUCCGGUGCAUGAUGUAUGGGUUUGGAGAUGAUCAGAAUCCGUACACCGAAUCGGUGGACAUUCUCGAGGACCUUGUGAUCGAAUUCAUCACUGAAAUGACGCACAAAGCCAUGUCUAUCGGACGCCAAGGCCGUGUCCAGGUUGAAGACAUCGUGUUUCUCAUUCGUAAGGAUCCAAGAAAGUUUGCCAGAGUGAAGGAUCUUCUGACUAUGAACGAAGAGCUCAAGAGGGCGCGUAAAGCUUUUGAUGAAGCAAACUAUGGCUCGUAAUUGGCUGCUUCAUUUGAAAUGAUCAAUGAGUUAGUUGGUGAUUAGACAUCAUCUGUUUUGACAGUCACACACCAAAGUUGUUCUGAAUCACUCAGAUUCAUGGUGACGUUAACAUGGAAGCUCUUGAUUGGGUCAUGUGCAUUUAUUUGGCCCAAACGGGCCGAUAUCUACUGUUUUCACGACUACCAUCACCGGACUUCUUUUUUUUUUUAAGAAAAUAAACGUAUUUUUCAUUGGCA